UAACGAGAUGACAGUUAAUCCUCAGAGCUAAAGGUAGAGUAAUGGCCCUCUCUCUUUUACAGACGCAUGUGUACAAAAUCACACAACAUAGAAAUCCUCAUAUUCUCGCUGAUGUCAACUUCACAUGAGGUUUAGGUGUGAGAGAAGAGUCAGGGAAGAAGAUCAAGCUGAAGACAAGUCACUUCUGUGUGUUUAAGGCUCGAGAGUGGCUGGAAACACGGACGAUUUUCCUUAGAAGUGAGUGAGAAAGAGAGAGCGGAAUGAGGGGAGGAAGGAGAGACGCCAUUUAGGGCUACCUACUCUGUGCCAAGGAAGAGUGCAAAACAGGACACAAGGUGUGAACUGCACGGUUGUUGCUGUUGCUAUGGCGAGGCCCGGGCGCCCUGCGUCUGAGAGCUACCAGCCAGUCGGUUGUUCAGUCAGUCAGUCGGCCUCCUACACCAGUGAAGCUAGGGCUGUGGGGCCAGAGGAUGGGGAUGAUCAUGCACCCAUUUUCUCCCAAUCUAAGAGCUCCAUGGAUGUGGUCAUGGCGACAGGGCCGCCGCACAAGCGGGACCCGGCCUGGACCAGAAUGGACCUGAGACGCAGCUCCAGCACCAACACACACGCUGAGCAGAACUCAGUGACGCUGCAGCAGCUGCACCCUCGCAUGUGGCAGCACAUCAACUUCACCACGAGCAACCAGCACGUAGACGUGCACAGCCCUCCUGCCCUCGGCGAGCGCUGGAUCACCAACAUGCAUCGCUGGAGCGAGUGUAGCAGCAGUACACACAGCCGGAGCAGCACUCCAGAUACUGUUGUAUGGAAAGGUGGGACCUCACGGCCCUCAAGUCUGACCCAGGAAACCCUGUCUCCCCUGUCCAAACCAACCUCUCCACAAACCACGCCCUCUCCCUGCAUACCCCCCCUACAGACACCAACUUUACCACAUGAUCUUUUAACUUCUUCUUCUUAUUCUUCUUCAACACUGAGCACACAUCAGCAGGAAGACUCACUUGCUUCGUCACCCACACCCACACCCACUCCACUGCGAUCACCGCUGCAGGCUCACACCUCCUCACUUUUGCCAUCCAACUCCUUCAAUCUCCUCCAGCCCACCAGCACGGAGGAUGAGGGCUUCCUGGAGAACAACUCACUUUCUUUUACAUUCCCAUCCCCGCUCCCAUCAUCUAAUAGCUUAGCAGAAGAAAGUGUGUCAUCAGAUCCUGGCUGCCUUGUCAAUGACGUGAAAGAAGAGCUGCAGAGUCCUGGAGGCCAACAAUUAUCAGAGGGAGGAGUAGUGAGAAGCCCAGUGCAUGUGUUAAGCUACCUGGCGCCCAAUUCUCCAGCAGAUGGACAGGAAAGUAGAGCCUCCGGUUGCCAUCUUGAGUUGCCUUGGCAGUCUGGGCACAGCUGUCCGACAGGAAGGGGUUGGAGGUCACCCUUGGUUUCUUCCUUGAGCGACUCGCUUUUGGGCUGCUGCCACACAAAGGCUCAGGUGUUCAGGGAGGAAGGUACAAUGACCUCACAGCUGGAGCUAGUAGACGCAGCGGUGCAAACCAUCUCUCCCAUUGGCUCCUUUUGGGGCCUCAGGACAAACAACUCCAAUAUGGGCUCCCACUCCCUCUUGGGCUCGCCGCCUGGAUCAAGGCUGAACCUAAAGACAUUAGUGGGGUCCAACUCCAAUCUGGUGUCCCCCUCCUCCAGCAUGUUCCCAGUGAGCAGCGGAGAGGAGGAAGUGGAAGAAGAGGAGAGGCAAGGAGACAACCUGACAUUGGACAUUAACUCUCCCUCCACGCACGAUCUUGAGAGGAGAAGGUCGUGUCUGAAGAAUCAGGGGGAGGAAAGGGAUGCUAUGGGGAGGAGGGGCAGCAUGAAGCAGGUGCAGUGGGAUGAAAACGGGAUGACAUGGGAUGUUCACGGAGCAUCUGUGGACCCGGAGGUGCUGAGCACAGCCAUUCAGAAACAUCUGGAGCUCCAGAACAGCCCUGGGACUCCAAAACGUACCUCCAACAAGAAGAAAGCACCAAAGCCUCCUCUAAUAUCGAAUGUGGUAAAGGCCAUGAGCCUAGAACUUCAUCCUCCUGUGAUGAUAAUAACCUCGACUUGUACGGUGGAGGGCGAGAGUGAGGGGCCACCAGAAGCAGACAGCAGGAGGGAGGUGGAGGAGGAAGGAAAAGAAGGAGGCAAAAAGGAGGAAACGAUAGAAGCUGCUCGUAGAAUAAGCAGAGCAGAAGGUGCUGAUUCAAAAGAAGAGGAUGAGGUGUACGGACAGGAAGGCACCAGCCAUCCCAAGUCGCCCUUGCAUGGGAGUGGACACAUCCGCAAGAAGAGUGUGAUCAGGUCACUGAGGAGGCCUGGGUGGUGUGGAAGCUCCAGAAAGGCAGUUGAAUGAUCCUGGAGACUAUAUGGGCUAUUGAUUAUCCAUAGCUCAAUUUUCACAAAAGCACCAUUAAUAAACUCAUUGACUUUAGGAGCAUUUUCUUGUUUUCAUGGGGUUUUAUCCUGCUGUUUCAUUUUGUCAUUUGGUAAAAUGUGGAGAUGCAAUGUUAGAAAAUGUGUUCUUUCCAUUGGAUCGCUAAAUUUGCCCUGAAGGGACAUGCUGCAUACAGGCUUCCCUAACUUGUUGGUUGUUAGGGUUCUCUUUUUUUUUUAUUUACAGUUAAUAUUCUCCAACAAGAAAAAAGGCAGUAACAGAUUAAUGUUAAAGAUGCAAUUACAUACACACAUUUACUUGUUUAUUUUGAUGUCAUUUUAAACAGCAACAACACACCUACAUUCUUGCAGUUUAAUUAUGGAUAGAUGUAUUUCUAGUGAUGUCUUAAUGAAAGUCAAGGGUUACCUAUAAAUCAUUAAAUCAACCACCAGGUAAUGCAUUUCUCCAUGUAGAUGUUCAAUAAAACCAAAUUUGGUCUUUGUA